GUCCCAGUGCACCGGCGAGGCGGCGUUGGGGCGCUGCUCGUUGUCCAUCACCUUGUGCUUGUGCCAGCUCAGCCAGCCGUCGGUGCUGCGCGCCAGCACCCCGUAGGCUUCGGCAUGGCCGGCGACGUUGCCGGUGUACAGCGCACACGGGAAACCGUCGUCGUCGAUGAAGGUGUUGCCGGAGUAGACGCCGUCCGACGUCGUAGCGGCGGUCGGGCCACAUCGCCACCGGCCAGUCCUCCCAGUGCAGCAGGUCGGUGGAGCUGGCGUGACCCCAGCAGAUCUCGCUCUCGCUGCCGUUGGCGAACACCGGACGGUACUGGUAGAAGAGGUGGUAGGUGCCCUGAUGGU